AUCGAUCAUAAAACUAUUAAUAAAGUGAAACUCCGUUUACUCUGAGAAGUGACUGGAAUAAAUAAGAGUUAACGUAACAAAGAGAAAAAUGGCAUUAAUUAGAAGAGCAACUCAUGCGGGUAGUUGGUACGCAGGCUCUGGUUCCGAGUUGAAUAAGCAAUUAGAAGGUUGGUUGGGUGCUGCAGAUUUAUCACAUGGGCCUGCUAGGGCAAUUAUUGCCCCACAUGCAGGUUACAGCUAUUGCGGAGCAUGUGCUGGUUUUGCAUAUCGCCAGAUUAGUCCUGUUGUUGUACGCAGGAUAUUUAUUUUGGGCCCAUCGCAUCAGGUGAGAUUAGCAGGCUGUGCUCUUUCGUCUGCUUCGAUUUAUCAAACACCACUGUAUGAUCUGCAUAUUGAUCAACAAGUAUGCAGAGAACUUGAAGAGACUAGACAUUUUGAAUGGAUGGAUUUAAAUACAGAUGAGGAAGAACACAGCAUCGAAAUGCAAUUACCAUUCAUAGCGAAGGUUAUGCAAGGGUUCAAAGAUUCUUUUACUAUAAUUCCUAUACUUGUUGGCUCGUUAAGUCCAGAAAGAGAGGCACUUUAUGGAAGAUUGUUAGCACCAUAUAUGGCUGAUCCACAGACGUUAUUUGUUAUUUCGUCAGAUUUUUGUCACUGGGGACAACGUUUUCGUUAUACAUAUUAUGAUAUGUCAUGUGGUCCUAUUCAUAGAUCUAUUCAAAACCUUGACAAAAUGGGUAUGGACAUCAUAGAAAAUUUAAAUCCUACAGUAUUCACGGAUUACCUUAAAAAAUAUGGUAACACUAUAUGUGGUCGACAUCCUAUUAGUGUCUUAUUGCAAGCAAUUAAUAGUUUAAAAGGAAAUACUAAUAGCCAAAGAAUGAACCUGAAGUUUUUGAAAUACGUUCAAAGCAAUCAAUGCAAUAACAUGAAUGACAGUUCUGUUAGUUACGCCAGUGCUUCCUUAGUUCUUGAGUGAUAAGAUGUACAUCUUCAGCAUCAUCAUUGCCAGACAAGAGAUUUACACGAGAAAAGAAAGUACUAAAAGAAUGAUGGUAAUAAUUCAUUAAGCAUCCAAACGCAUUAAUCAAGAUUUUUUCAAACAUUUUUCUUCUUUUUUCAUAUCUACAGAAAAU